CGGGCCUGGUUCGGCUCUCGGCUUCCCCGGGCCGGGCCUGGUUCGGUUCUCGGCUUCCCCGGGGCCGCCCCGCCCCGCUGGGAGCCGCGCUCCGGGCCUGACCCCAGCCCGCAGCGCUGCCGCCAGCCGGGGUGGCCGCGGCGGGGCGCAGCGCUGAGGGAAAUGGAGUCAGUUCUCCGGUAUCUUCUGUGUUUACUCCUGCUUCAGUCGUGUCCAGCAGCGGGAAUAGGAUGAGAGGGAUGGUUUCGUUCCAGAGAAGCCUUGUCCUGGUUUCUGUAUGAAUGCUCCAGGUUUAUUUCAUUUUGCAUUCUUACUGAGAGGGGUGCAAACACCAUCAUGGACACGGUGGGUUCUGAGGAAGCAGCAGCUCUCUCUGCCCAGCGUCCCCCUGCUUCAGGCAGCAAGAAAAAGGAACUCUUUGAAUCUCCUUGAACUAAGUGAGGCAGAUUUAGAAGAACAGUUUGUAAGAGGUGAUGGCCCAGGAGGUCAAGCCACAAAUAAGACAAACAACUGUGUUGUCCUGAAGCAUAUUCCAUCUGGGAUUGUAGUGAAGUGUCAUCAGACAAGAUCAGUGGAGAAGAACCGAAAGAUUGCCAGAGAAAUCCUGCAGGAAAAAGUUGACCUUUUCUACAAAGGCGAAGACAGUGAUGUUUUUAAAGAGAAGAAAGCAUCAGAGAAGCAAAAGCAGGAGAAAAAAAGAAGAGCAAAGGAAAACCUAGAAAGGAAAAAGCUUUUUAAAGAGAUGCAACAAUUGGAUAAGGAAUAAACGUGUGAAAUAUUGCCUUGCCCUAGCAGGCACCCUCACCAGCUGCCACCAUAUUUUGGCCUUCAACAAAGACCCAAAGCCAGAGUAUGGAUUUUGAAGGCAACAGAGACUUCUAGAACUUCACCUCCUUGUCCCACAGCUGAACCCUGUGCCAUGGAUGGAGUGCUCCAGCAAUCUGCAGGCCCCUUCCCUUGUCCUUUCCUAAACUCCUGCAUGAAGGUUAAAUUUUUAUCUGUUGACAGUUCUUGCUCCUGGAGUAUGAAUCUGAUUAAAGUGACUGUACAUAGUUUUAAUACAAACUGUUAAUGAAAAUAAGCUUUAUUACGUCAAGUAAUAAAUACAUACAAAGAUGCAAAUAACAGUUUUAGUAAUUUA